CAAGAUGAAAGCCAUCAGCAAAAUUUCUCUUGCCACCUUGUUGUGUGCAAUAAUUUUGUUCACAACAACACAACUCGUGUUGGCAGAUUUACAAAAUACCACCUACAAUAGUCCUUUCCUUCCUCUCAAUAUCCCUCGUGCUAAUAUUGGUUUAACUCCUCUUUUCUCUCCGGAUCACUCUACAAAGGAAGAGACUGAACUUGUGAUGAGUGCCAAGAAGACUAUUGAUAUUGCAAUUCCAGGAUUUGACAGUUGGAGUGGAUGUACCUAUCCAAAAGAUGGAUGUAUGGGUUGUUCUGCUACUGACUUGUUGAAUAAUGAAAAAUUCCCAAUUUUCCAAGUUUUAAUUAAUCAAAUUGUUCAACAUGGUGUUAAAGUUCGUCUCUUAACUAACAAGUAUGAUGACAAGAUGUGUUCUGGAAAGAUGGACUUGUUGACAUAUUUAAAGAUUGCAGGUGCUGAUGUCAGAUAUUACACAACCACUACUUUCUUACACGCCAAAUAUAUCACUAUUGAUGGUUGUAAAUCUGCCAUUUCUAGUAUUAACUUUUCUCAAACUAGUUUCAGAAGAAACAGAGAAGCUGGUAUUUUGGUUAAUGAAUGCAAUAAUGCUGCUGGUGUUGUUAAAUUCUCUCAAGGAGUUUUCGAAUAUGAUUUCUUCCAUGGUGUUCCAUUGGAUGUUGAUUAUAGUCAAUAUUCUAAAAGUGAUAUUCAUAUGAUUCAAACCUCAACUGCUACUGUCACCAUUCCAGAAAAUAUGCACUUUGCAAACUGUGAUGCUUCCUCUGGUGAUAUUCAAGAAUUCAAUGAUAAUUACAAUAUUUCUAUCAGUGCUAGUCCUGAUUAUGCUUAUGGAUUCUUGAUGUCUGCUUUGAAUCAAGUUAAAAAAUCAUUGAAGAUUAGUAUUUAUGAAAUUUCUCAUCCUGACCUCUGUGAUUAUGUUAUCCAAUUGGGUAAUAAGGGUAUCAAUUUGAAGAUUUUCGCUUCUCACUAUGUCUUUGCUAAAUCCGAAGCUCUUGAAGCUUAUCAAUGUUAUAGAAAGCUUGUUGAUAACAAUAUUAAUGUUGUCUUGUCUGCCAAGCAAUGUUUGGAAUUUUCACAUGAAAAGUAUUGGGUUAUUGAUGAUAACAUUUUAAUGAUGAGUACUGGUAACUGGAGAGGUUCUGAUUAUCCAAAUCCACCUUAUGUCUUCCCACCAAAGAAGGGUAAUAGCUCCACAUGGAGAAAUGUCAACCGUGAUUUCACUUUGAGAAUUGAUGGUCAAACUGCCAUCCUUAAGAAAUUCCUUGCUGUUUUGGACAAUGAUUAUCAACAAGGUUAUCCAUAUUCUCCAUCCACCUCAACUUCCCCAAUCAAACAAUCAAUCAACAUUAGAAACUAUUAAAUUAUUUAAAUUAUUUCG